GAGAUGGCGCCGCCUAUAUCGAACAAUCCACAACGUUGGCAGUUUGUAGCCACAAGAAUCCGACGAAACAAGCCGAGCUCAAUAUAUUCUCAAGGCUACCAAGUUCUGAAACUUUUUUGACAUGUCACCAUUUUCUCCGGCAUUCCUCUCAUCCACUCACCGUGCCUCCUCACAUCCAUCACGCAAACCGCCAUGGAAGGCACAGCCUGACGAGGCGGGCGUCGGGCAAGAAGAACCACGGGCGCGCGCGGCGACCGCGCCACCAGCUACAACGCCGAUCCGGAACUAAUGAGAUGGACAAUGUCAACUGCUACGUCGUCCCGCAGACCACGGGGAGCGGCCGGAACAUCUUCCAGGGCGGCAGCCCGCUGUCGUCGUCGCUGCCCCUCCUGGGCGUGCAGCUCGUCCUCAUCGUCGCCGUCACGCGCGUCCUCUACUUCCUCCUCAGGCCGCUCAAGCAGCCCCGCGUCGUCUCCGAGAUCGUGGGUGGAAUCAUACUUGGCCCGUCGUUGCUGUGCCGCAACGACGAGUUCAGGCAACUGGUGUUCCCGCCGAGGGGUGAGCCGGUGCUGAACACCGUGGCGACGUUCGGCCUCAUGUACGUGAUCUUCCUCAUCGGCGUCCGGAUGGAUCCGAGGCUCGCCGUCCGGUCCGGCAAGAAGGGUGUGGUCAUCGGCCUCUCGGGCUUCCUCCUCGCGCUUGCCCUGACGGCGAUGGGCUCCAAAGGCGACGCCCUUGCGGAGGAGCAGGACGUGUCGAAGCGUUUCACGUUCCUGUUCGCGCUCUCGGCCUCGCUCUCCGUCACGUCCUUCGCGGUGCUGUCCCCGAUCCUGUCCGAGCUCAACCUCCUCAACUCCGACCUCGGCCGAAUCGCCAUGUCGGCGUCCAUGACCACGGACGGCAUCGCGUGGCUCAUCAUGGUGGGAUACGUCCUCACCGAGGCGUACCUCGUGUCGCCAGCCACGUCGCUCUGGGCGUUCAUGUCCGUGGCGGCGCUCGUCGCGUUCAUACUGCUGGUGGUGCGCCCGAUAGCGCUCAUGGUGAUCGAGCGCACGCCGCCGGGCCACCCGGUGGACGAGACCUACGUCUUCUUCUUCCUCCUCAUUGUGCUCCUCGUCGGACUGUACAGCGACAUCAUCGGCACCAACUCCUUCCACGGCGCGCUCAUGCUGGGGCUGGCGAUCCCCGAUGGCCCGCCGCUCGGCACGGCGCUCGGCGAGAAGAUCGAGGCCAUGGUGUCAGGGCUGAUACUGCCGCUCUACUACGCCAUGACCGGGCUCAGCACCGACGUGUGGGAGAUACAUUGGGGCAGGUUGCAGAUGGUCAUGAUCCUUGCGUGGUUCGGAAAGCUGGCCGGCGUCAUGGCGUCGUCGCUGUACCUUGAGAUCCCGUUUCUGGACGCCGUCUCGCUCAGCCUCUUCAUGAACUCCAAGGGCAUCGUCGAGAUCAUCACCUUCACCUUCUUCGUGACCAACAAGCUGAUUGGCAAGCACACUUUCAGCGCGCUGGUGUGCUCGUCGGUGCUGAACACGGCGCUGUCCGUGCCGUUGGCGGGGUUGCUCUACGACCCGGCGCGGCGCUACGCCGUGUACAAGCGGCGCACGGUCCAGCACCUCAAGGCGGACGCCGACUUGCGGAUUCUGGCGUGUGUCCACGACGAGUCCCACGUCCAGGGCACGCUCGCGCUGCUGGAGGCGUCGCACGCCACGCCGCAGACGCCCAUCGGCCUCUACCUCCUGCAGCUCGUGGAGAUCGCCGGCCGCUCCGCGCCAGUGUUCAUACCCCACAAGCUCCGCCGGAGCGCCUCCAGAAUCGGCCCGGCACCGACGUCCACCGACUCUGACCGCAUCAUCAACGCCUUCUUCCAGUACGAGCAGCGGCAGCCGGAGGGCGCCGUGUCCGUGCAACCCUUCACAACAAUCUCCCCCUACUCCUCCAUGCACGACGAGGUGUGCCGCCUCGCCGUCGACAAGCGCACCUCGCUCAUCCUCCUUCACUACCACAAACGCCACAUGCUCGCCGGCGGCAUGCGCGCCGCCAUGGGGCUCCGCGUCGUCAACCGCAAGGUGCUGGAGGUCGCGCCGUGCUCCGUCGGGGUCUUCGUCGACCGCAACGCCGGCAACGUCGGCCUCAGCGCUUUCAUCUUGCAAGAUCACUCGACGUCGUCCUCCAGCGGCCGCUCGUCGCUAAGCGGCAUGGGCUUCCGGGCGGCCGUCGCGGCCCUCUUCUUUGGUGGCGGCGACGACCGCGAAGCCCUGGCCUACGUGACGCGCAUGGCGCGGCACCCGGGCUCGAAGGCGGCCGUGAUCCGGUUCCUGCCGACACGAGGCAUCAAGGACGACCCGGCAGAUCGGCGGGUGGACAACCGCGCCAUCGAGGAGGUGAAGGCGCUCUCGGCGAGGAGCAAGUACAUGAAUCUCCAGGUCCAGGAGGAGCUCGUCGGCGACAUGGAGAAGAUCGUCGAGGUGCUGAGGGGCCUCGACAAGGCCGGCUACGACCUCGUCAUCGUCGGAAUGCGGCACAGGUGGUACCCUGUGAUGUCGGCGAACGGGCUGUCGGACUGGAGCGAGUGCCCCGAGCUCGGCGUCAUCGGCGACCUCCUCGCGUCGUCCGACUUCGACACGCCGUACUCUGUGCUCAUCAUGAAGCAGCAGGACCAGGGCGGGCUGAAUGCCGCCGUGCCGGGUGCCCAGGACGUGUGGCACGGCGACGAUGGUGGGCCGGCGCCGCCGCCAGAGCGAACAAUGACGACCGCUGGAUCUAGCAAGUUCCGGCAGUAGGCCGGCGACGAGCAGAACUGACGUGAUCUUGACUUUUGCAAUGUAGACGUUGACCUUUCUAGUUUAUAGGACCUGAUUCAAAUAGAAUUUUCUUCAGUUCAGUUCAUCUGUUGUGUACAGUCCGCGCUAUACAGGGAGUUCAAAUAGUUUUUAAA